GGUUUCCGGUUCCGGUCUGCAGGGGGCGCUGUGAGACGAUGCUGAAGCUGUACACUGUGUUCUGUAAAGGAGCUGGAAGAUAAACACCGAAAUAAACGGUGUGAAAUGGACGAGCAGAAAUAAACGGUGUGUGUUUUAGAGCUGGAGCGACAGGAGGAUCUUAACCCCAGAGAAUCGUCCUGAGGAAGCGGAUUAACGCCAUGACCAUCGCCUGAAAGUCAUCUGUGGCUCUGAAAGGUGGACAGGAUGGCUGAGGGACCUGCAGGUGGUUCGUCUCCCUCCAUCACUCCGGUGCAGCAGAUGGUGUCCUCCAGCGCCGGAGCUUUACUGACCGCUCUGUUCGUGACUCCACUAGAUGUGGUGAAGAUCAGACUGCAGUCCCAGCAGACUCCACUCUACAAAGCAUUCCCAGUGGAUUCUCGUGUGUGGAAGAGAAAGUCUCGUCUCCCGAAGUGGAAGUGUUUUCUCUACUGUAACGGACUGAUGGACCAUGUCUACGUCUGCCAGAACACUACGGCCUGCAGCAGCUGGUACAAAACACCCACUCACUUCAGUGGAACAGUGGAUGCGUUUGUGAAGAUCAGUCGCUCUGAGGGGCUACGCUCUCUGUGGAGCGGUCUUCCUCCUACACUUGUGAUGGCUGUUCCCACCACAGUCAUCUACUUCACGUGCUAUGACCAGCUUAAGGACUUCCUUUGUUAUCGCCUUGGUUACCAUAACAACUAUGUGUCCAUCAUCGCCGGCGGUCUGUCAAGACUAGGUGCAGUCACAGUCAUCACCCCACUGGAGUUGGUGCGCACUAAGAUGCAGUCGCGGAGUGUGUCGUACAGCGAGCUGCGAGUGUGUAUCAGAUCAUCUGUGAGUCGGAGCGGCGUGCUCUCGCUGUGGAGGGGGUGGGGACCCACCGUGCUUAGAGAUGUCCCCUUCUCUGCCUUGUACUGGUUUAACUAUGAGCUGAUGAAGACAAAGCUUUGUGAGAGAUCCAGAACACAGCAGGCUUCUUUCUCCAUCGUCUUCACCGCCGGAGCCGUUUCUGGAGCCAUCGCUGCGAUCACGACGCUGCCGUUCGACGUGGUGAAAACUCGCAGGCAGAUCGAGCUGGGAGAGAUGGAGCUCCUCGGAGCUCCUCUGAAGAAGCCUUCAUCCACAUGGCUCAUAAUGAAGAGUAUCUGGACUGACGCCGGCUACCGAGGCCUGUUCGCAGGUUUCCUGCCGCGAGUGAUCAAAGUGGCUCCAGCGUGUGCCAUCAUGAUCAGCACCUACGAGUUCGGGAAGGCUUUCUUCCGCCAGCACAACGCGGUGUCUGAGAUGUGCUGAUCGUCACUGCGGAGCUGCAUGAGCACUUUCACCUGCGCCGACCUGCCUUUAGCUCGGCCUUGGCAUGCGUCCUGUUCUCAUCUCCACAGGUUCCGGGGCUGAGGCCCUCGGGUUUAGUUCAAUAACGCUGCGCAUGCGUCGUUUCUUUCUUUCCCUGAAAUGGGACGUAACCGCAUUGCAGUAGGACCGCAGCACCCAGAGCAUGCUGGGAAAACACACAUUUAUCUGCAUGCAUGGGCGCUUUAAGGGAAUUUCCUUCAGUAGAUGAAUUAAUCCAGGCUGUGAAAUGGUUCCCGGUUCCACGUGGUCCAUGUGGACUGUCAUGUCUGAGAGAGCAGAUGACCAGACGGUGUACAAACACCGCCCCCUAUCGUCCAUACACUGAAACUACAAGCUGAAUUGCAUCAUAGUUUAUAGCACAGCUGAGCACUCGGUGUACUCUUGUCAAUUUCUCCCUAAUGAUUUUGCAGCGCACAUCUGGCAGGUCGUGACAUAGCACAGCUGGAUCGUUUCCGCUGCCUUGCAAAAUGAAAUGAAGAACAUUACGCAACAGCACCGAGUUAAGAAAAGCACAUCGGAUUCCUUCACUAUAAUUUGCUCGUUCUUUCUCCACGUAUAAGCAGCUGUGAAUGAUUGCAAAGCUUUCUGGGUAAUUUCCAUCUCUAAAGUACACCGAGGUCGACUCGCUCGUACGAAUAUAAAGCUGCUUAAUUCCUGACUAGUUUCGAAACUUUUUUGGACCAGAUGAUGAUGAUGAUGAUGAUGAUGUUCUGUUCUUUAAAUAAGAGACAUUACGAUGUUAUUGUUGUAAUCCUGCUGUUUAAAGGGCCUGUAACCGAUCCAGAUCUGUGUGAACAGGUCCAGCUUCACUGGAGCUGCCGAUGAGCUCAAAAGACUCUUAAAUAAAAUUGAGCAAAAUUCAUUUUGAUUAUUCAUACAGUGGAAUUUUUGAUUUUUCUGCAGCAGUGUAAAUUUACCCGAAGAACUUUUACUUGAAAGAUGACAAAAGUAAAGCCUGAAUGCUGAAAUAAAAACAAGACAAGUUCUUUUUAAAGGAAGACAAACUGCAUUGAGGUUAUUUUGUGAUUAAAUCUUUUAUCCCCUCGAAA